GAAGGGAGUGAGUGUGUGGUGUGGGCGUGUUCGCGACGGAGCCGCCGCCGCUGCUGCCGCCGCCGCAGCCGCAGGAGGCAGCGCCGAGGGGGAGGCGGCGCGCGGGCCCAGGCCACGGGGCCCAGGCCACGGGGCCAUGCCGAGCCGCGGGGCCCUGGCCACGCCGAGCGAGAGGCCGCACCACUACACGUACCUGAAGGAGUUUCGCACGGAGCAGUGCUCGCUCUUCCUGCAGCACAAGUGCACGCAGCACCGGCCCUACACCUGCUUCCACUGGCACUUCCUGAACCAGCGGCGACGCCGGCCAAUUCGCCGGCGCGACGGCACCUUCAACUACAGCCCAGACGUUUACUGCAGCAAGUACGACGAGACCACGGGGGUCUGCUUGGACGGCGAUGAGUGCCAGUACCUGCACCGUUCGACCGGCGACACAGAGCGGCGCUACCACCUGCGCUACUACAAGACGAGCAGCUGCAUUCACGAGACGGACGCGCGCGGCCACUGCGUCAAGAACGGCGUGCACUGCGCGUUUGCGCAUGGCCCACAGGACCUGCGCCCUGCCGUCUAUGACAUCCGGGAUCUGCAGGCCCAGGAGGCGGUGCAGAACGGCCAUGCCGCCGGCGGGGAGGUGGGCUCCGAGCUGCUGUCGGUGGCUGCCAGCCAGACCAUGAUCGAGCGGGCCCUGGGGGAGGACCAGCGCUGGCAGGACUCCAACUUUGUGCUGGCCAACUACAAGACGGAUCCGUGCAAGAAGCCCCCGCGGCUGUGCCGCCAGGGCUACGCGUGCCCCUACUUCCACUCGAGCCGCGAUCGCCGGCGCAACCCGCGGCUGCACAAGUACCGGUCUGUGCCGUGCCCCAGCGUGAAGCAGGGCGAGGACUGGAGUGAACCUGACAAGUGCGAGGUCGGGGACGAUUGCCAGUUCUCGCACACGCGCCCCGAGCAACAGUUCCACCCCGAGAUUUACAAGUCGACGAAAUGUAACGACAUGCAGCAACUCGCCUUCUGUCCCCGUGGCCCCUUCUGCGCCUUUGCACACCUAGACCAAGUGCCCUUGGCAGACUCUACCGAACAUGCUCUGGUCUGUGCGCAAGCCCCGGGCAGGCAGAGCCUCGCCUCGCCAUCUCCACCGUCGCGCUCCUCCGGAGGCUCCCCCGCGCCGAGCCUGUCCAGCGGCGGGGGCUUGGGCCCGGCGAUGCCCCCGGGCUCCCCCGCGGCGACGUCGCCCCCGUUGCGCUCGCCGUUGCCGUCCCUCUCCGCCGCGGUUGGCCCGCUGGUGGCUUCUUUAUCCCCGACGGCGGCCUGCAGCUACCAGAAAGCGCCGGGCUAUGAGCGCGAGGACCAGGCUAAGCUGCAGAAGCAGCACGAGCUACACACCUACUGUGGUAACCUGCAGGAGCAGGAGGACAUACAGAACACGCACAGCCUCUUGCGGGCGCUGCCCGUGGGCUGCCCGACAGGGGGCAGCCUGCCCUUCGCGACCGUUAACCCACUGCCCACCAACGCUUCCACCAUGAAUGCCAAGGCCAUGCCCUUCUACCCGCCCUCCAACACCGUCGACUCGGUCAUCGGCUCGGCGCUGGCUGACCUGGACCUCCACGACUACGCCGUGACGGCGCUGGAGCGAGACCUGGGCGGUGGCAGCGGUCUCCUGUGCUGCACUGGCUCUCCCGGUGCCGUCGGGGAGAGGCUGCACGGCGAGCGCUCGGCGGCCCAGCUGGCGACGCGACCAGAGCUGCCACGGCCCGGCCUUCCCGCGCUGCCCACAACUCCCAAGCACUUGCCCACCAUCCACGACACGCAUCUGCACGUGGACGCCAUCGGCAGUGAUCCACCCAACGGGGCGGGCGGCUGGAAGCAGUUUGCAACGGGUGGGCCGCUGAGCUCGAGGUUCUGUGUCGGGCCCGCGGGGGUGACCAUCAUGCAGCAGCAGCAGCAUCAGCAGCAGAGGCUGAGCGACGCCUCUCAGGAACUGUGGCACCAACCCCAAACGAGCUACGAUGCUUGGCGGCGGCGGCGGCGUCGGGCGGCGGCGGAGGAGGAGGAGGAGGCGCAGAGCGCGGCGCGGCCGGGCAACGGCGAGCCGCAGGCCGUGCCGCCGCGGGAGCGAGGGGCCCAGCACGGCGACCCCGGCGCGUCCCCGCUCGGCGGCGCGCGUGCCGGGCCUCGAGCCGCCUCGCGCCACGCCGUCGCCGACGUGGAGAUGCUGUCGCUACCCGCCAUGCGCGCUCUCAAGACGCGGCUGGAGGUCGACCUGGAGCUGCUGGAGAAAGCGAUGCAGGAGCAGCAGGCGCGGCAGUGCCUGGCCUGCGAGGAGCGCCCCCGCAGGGCCGUGCUGCGGCCGUGCCAGCACCGCGUGCUGUGCGAGGAGUGCGCUCCCCGCUCCCUCGAGUGCCCAUGCUGCCGCACACGCAUCCUCGGCUACCACUGCACCGCCUCCGCCUCCUCCACGUCCUCCCCCGCCAGCGACGGGGGUCGCUGAGCUCGAGGACCAAGCCGCCACGUCGCCGCCAUCAACCGUAGUAACGGGCGGUAGCCGCGGCCGCCGCGGCCGCCGUGUCCGGGCGUCGCCGGUGUGGGUCGAAGGGCCCGCGUCGCGUUUUAAGAGAGCGGCGCCUUCAGCGCGAGGGUUCCCAACCGCACGCCAACACCGCGACGCUCAAGACCGUCGUGUUUUUAAUGUCUUCAGCCGAAGCAGACGGUGCACGUGGUGAUGCAGCUUUGUGUUUCUCACCCCCCCACGUUUCACGCGACUGCUCUCCCACCCCCCCCCCCCCCCUUACCAAUGACAUCAUCAAAGUGCCAGUUUCACAGAACACGCGUUGUCGAUGAGACUCUGUUUUAAUCAAAAACUAAUCUUGCCUCGUUUUAAAAUAUGCACAGCGUGCGAACCUCGUUCGUGCGGCACAAAACUCGCAUACGUCACGUGUAAGCGUUACGCUGUGGGUUGAAGGACAAAUGGUGGCCGGAUGCAAAAUACUCAAAUGAAUUACCGUAGCACGUAUUAAUGCAUCCAUCUUGUCACUGGCCAAAGCGCGGAGUGUUGAAAAUUUUUUUUUUUUUGCAACACUUCAACGUAAACUUUUUUUUCCCACCCCCCGGAAGUUGAGCGCAACGUCACGGAGGCGCCGGUUCUGUCAGCCUCUCGCUGUCGAGGCGGCCGCGGUGGCCGACGGUGUGACGGCCGCGGUGCCAGCAGGUUCAUUCGUCACACUCUUUUUGCACUUUACUGGGCGCGUGAGCAUAGUUGCCGUCCCUUAACGAGAGCAGACCACGUGUGCGAGUCACACACGCAAAGGCGGAAAGUUUCCCGUCUCGCUGUGCUUCAGGUUAAUCCACGUGGGUUGGUGUUGCGGACAUGUCAGUUCUGUAAAUACUCAUCGACGGGGGGGGGCUGUAACCGAUUCCUCGAGCUCGCGAGUCGCGGGUUUUUCAGAUUCGUCCUUUUCUGCGACCCUCUGCAGCCAGCCACUGGGGCGGGGGCGGGGGGAGUGGGGCGCUACGUUCGGCGAAUGUUAAAGACAAAAAUCAAUUUCUUGAAUCGAACUGUGAAUCUGUUUCACGACAAUGAGUUGUGUGCAGCGCGGCAUUAUCGCUCUCCACCUCGGUCAACGAGCAACAUUGGUUUAUCCAUCCUGCAGAGUCAUUUCCAUGCAGUACAAACACCCACACAGUACUUAUAAAUGAAGAGUUGCACAUCAGUUGAUCUUUGACAAACCGAGUACAAUGUAACAAACACUUUGAACUGUCGUAUUUUAAAUAUAUAAUAUAUGUUAGUUUUGUAGAUCAUGUGAGUGCUACAGAUUGAUAGCCAUUUGAGGACUUGGCGUGUAUGACAUUGCUUCACUUUAAUUUUUCUUGGCUACAUAUUAUAUCAUCAAGCUGGGGGACGGCGACGGCGACUAAAGAUCCUGCGUCGCAAUAGCCUCUUUUAUUUUCGAUAAACAAAAAAAGUGUUCCAUGUCGAGGUUGGUUUCAACGGUGCUGUAUCCCUCGCACACAGUCGUAGUAGCAUAGCACGCCGGCGUAGGCCGGGUUUCUCCGUCUAGCAAUGACUGCAACGUGGAGGGAAUUAAGGCGUGCCUGGUCUGCCACUCUCAAGUCUGUUCCGGCGCCUUUUUAAAGUUUUUUUUGUGUUUUUGCACAAGAGACGUGCUCUCGAGCUGGACGGAUUGGGGGGGGUGGGCGCAUCUUGUCAUUGUCGUGGUAACCAAGAGCAACAUUGGCCGACCUUGAGCGUGCGUGAUGGCGAGGGGAUUUCUUUAUUAAUAAGAAAACUUGUGCGUAUUUAUGACUUUAUUUAACACACCUAGUUAUAUUUUACAGACUUUAUUACUUUUGCCUUAUUAAAUGCCUCUGCUUUUUUUUAAUAUAUAUGUGCGUCGCAGGCACCCUCUGCCUGCCUCUAUAUUCCUUGCUAGACUGGGCUGCGCUGGCCAGAGGGGAGGGCAGGGAUUUGGGCCUCCCAGCUUCUGCGGUAUUAAUGAUUUAGACACGGGCCCUCAUUCCGUUUUAAUUUGCGUCUGUGAUCAUAGAACAGAACAGAAGCAUCCAUGCAGCGCACCAUUCCCCACAUAGGCAACAGCAGCGUGAGGUGAACCCUGAUCCUGGAAGUACCUGCUGCAGUAUCCACAUUUUAUUAAUGCAAUAUAAUCGGACUUAAUGAUGCCCUUAUUGACACCUUGUGUGUAUUAAUGAUGUGUGUUGAUACAUCCGUGUGUUGUAUACUUUAAAUGGAGUCUGUUAUAGGUGUCUGUUUAAUGGAAUUUGAGGGUCCUCUUUUGAGAGAGAAUUUCCUAAUCGCAUUCACGCAACUUUGUAAAAAUUAAAUAUUUUAGACGUCAUUUUUUCAUAGUAUAAACUAUAACUACUGUAUAAUGGCAAACGAACGUUUGUAACUCGUGCUGUAUACUACGCACUGGCCGGGGGCCUUUUUUUUUUAACUACUUUUAACUGUUGUGGUGCGGUCGGCACCGUAUUGCCCGUAACACUUAAACAGUAUUCAAUGCGAAAUGCAAUUCGUCGAAUGCUAUUCCGGUGGCGAGACUAGCGCCACCGCGGUGUGGUCUCCGCCGCUCUGGCGCGCUCCCCCGAGCCGCCUCCUCCGCUCGGGUCUCACCACGGGGACCCUGGCCCCCACCGCUGCCGCCGCGGCGCGGUGAUGAAACAACGGUCUUGAGCUCGCACGAGAAAGUACCGGCCCCUUUGUAGUCUUUCGCCUUUCUUCCGGCCGUUUAGUUCUUGCAGCCGCUUUUUUUCUUUUCAGAGUUUGUGUAUAUAUAUUAAAAAAAAAUAAUCCGCGGAAAAACGACGAUGAGCAUUUCGACUUGUGAUGCGCCGCCGCACAGUGCUCGCUCGCUCGUUCUUCAAGCGAGGGAACGACUCGGAGGGCCCGAGGAGGGGCCCUCCGAGUCGGUGAGCCGGCACCAGAAACUGCCCAAGCUCUACGGUCCUCUCUUUGUAUUAAGAUCUUCCCAGCCAAUGAAUGUGCUAUUUUGAAUGAAUGAACGAAUGCAAGGGUGGGGAUGGGGGGGGUGGUGGUUGUUGAGGGAGCGUCGGCUGUCGUUGGCAUAUAACUAACACGGCGGUUACGGCGAUCGUGGCGAACGCAGCAGCGUACAGUGUGGGGGGGGGGGGGCUUUGUUUGCCCCCUUUUCUGCAAUUCACAGAGCAGAGCAAUUGGUCUUCCACCCCACAGGGAAGAGGAAGGGUAGAGAGUCGUGGCCCUGGUAGCUUUUUUUAUUUGUUGCGUAGAGAGAGGCGUGCCAACAGGGCAGGCAUUUCUCGAAGCCCCACACAUAGACAGGUGUUUAUUUUUGCUUUGUUCGCAGAUAUCGUGAAGGGUUUUGCCGAUUCCUUGACCCUGUGUGGAUAAUAGGGUUUGCAGGUAGGAGGAUUUUGAUGAUUUUUUAUUUUAUGAGUGGCCCACAGCGAGUUCUGGUCUGGAUCGUAUUCAUUCCAGUUGUUUCAUAAUGCAUCCAAUCAUUUCUUAAUAAUACAUAUUUGAAUUUAUAUCAACGAUCAUGUAAUUCCUUUUAACCAUUUCAUUCAGAAAAAAUAUAUUUUAGAAUGACGAGUAAACCUUAAUUAAAUACGAAUGUGUUUUUAAAUAAAUUUUAGCAAUAUUAAAGUAAUGUUUACAAUAACAAUUAUCAAUAUGAGGCAAGGGGGGCCCUCGCUGUCGCAGGAGGGCUGAUGUAUGCAUGCGAUUCCUCUGCGUCCAGGGCAGCGCGUGUUCCGUAGUUUCUGGGGACCGGCUUUGUGAGUGGUUCCUCUUGUAAGUGCACGGGCAUUGGGGGUGAAGAGACUCUUCGUUUGAGUCGUAAUUAAAACAAAUGUGGGGUCAGAACGCGUAAAAUAAAAAUGUGUGAAGUUUAACUUCUUUCACACCGUACGUAGCCGACCGUGCUAAUCGGAGAUGCCCGGGGGAAGGAUAACGUAUUGAAAAGAAAAGGCAGUUGUAAGGAAAUUAGUUUUCAAUCGAGAUGAUUUUAAAGCCCAUAGCUCCCAGUGGCUUCCUAAUAUCGGAAAGAAGAGCAUUCCAGACGGCCCGCAGAAGCGCACCUGAAAGCGCGCGAUGCGGUGACGCUCGACCUAAGCCAAUGAGUGAAGUUGUCGCGUGAACCAACGUGGCAGCCUGUUUUCUACUUCAGCUCUCCGCUGUGUUGGAGAGCCACAAUCCUGGCAACUGCCUGAUGAUGCUGGUGCUUUGUCACCAGCAGCGAAACGUACGCAAUUGUUAAAGACGUCUGGAUCGCUCUCUAACACACCCGGGGUGCUGCGGCAGCGAUAAGCUAGCACGUUUUGUUCACGUAACUGGCUGUCAGCUGGAGGAGGGUAUAGGACACGCACUUUACUUGCGCGAACUGAUCUGAAAGUCGUUUACGAAUCGUAACAUUGGUCGCUAAAGCCCAAGUCUGCUCAAAGAUUCGAUUACCGAUUUCUGUGCCAUGAUAGAGAAUUUACAAGUUUUUUUUUUCAUCCGCCGUCCUGAAUAAUUUCCUGGACAAUUUGUGGUUGGCGAGAAUAAUUGCAGGGCCAUCUCCUCGACAAUUGUAUAUAUGGAUACUUGUGCACGCUGCAGUUACUGUAUUGACAGAACAUAGACGAAUGUGCGUGACCGAGUGGCAUCUUGGCCUUGCGCAAGUAGAAACAGUUUCUUCUGCAACUGUGAAUCUCGCCGCAAAGGCUGUUAAGUAGCCAACCUAUCCAGCCAAAUACACGAUGGCAAAGCGUAAUGAAUCGCUGCGGUCGGGUCAACGGCGGCUUGGCUUCACAAUCCGCACGGCAGGCACAAACACACCAAGAAGUGGAGACAAUUCAAAGGCUUUGGUGAGCUGUGAGAUGCAUUUUAUUUGUGUGGUAUGUGGCGAGCUCUCUUCACUCGAUUGUCUGUGAGUGCCACCGUGCCACCGGACAUUCGUAAAAGCAACAUUCCUGUGCCUUUUUUCUUGGACCACAUCCAAACAGUUUAUAUUAAGCAAUAGAUAAUAUUAGAUAAGAUGAUAAGAACAAAUAUUUUAACUGUUUAUCUUUAUUAAAAUAGAAAUAUUCUUAAUGCAUUAUUUAAUGAGUAAAAACAAUAAAAUAAUGGAAUUGAUAUAUGUAUAAGUUUAUUCCUGGUUCGAUUUAACAAAUGUUGAUUACUUUUUAGAGCAUAAAAUAAAUAAUGUAUUUUAUAUAACCAAAUAGAAAUACGUGAAUUUAGAAUUCUAAUAAUACUAAUAGCAGUAAUAUAAUAGUGAUAUUGGGUUGUAAAGUAGAAAGUGGGGAUGAUUGUGUUAAUGAUUUGUACGAGAUGAGGUGAGGUAAAGCGGAUGAAGAAGAGUUCUCUGUUACAAUGGAGACCUGCAAAAGCCUAAACCAUGACUGGACCAUUGGUAAUCACGUUUUUUAAUAAUUGAGUAGUAAUUGCACAAGUCUUGCCUAUGGAGUUACCGAGUGGUUUCAGUAAAUCAACUCGUGAUAGUCUGGCUCGGUCUCGGCCCGUGUCACGACAUUUAGCAGUAUUACAGUAACCAAGCGCUUUGAUCUUCCUUGCAUCUAAAUCGUUGCUUGUCAACCCGUUUCAGUCCACGGCGCUCACGUUUGGAGUUUGCCUGAUCUUCGCGGCGCGCUGAACCUAAAGAAUCCGUUUUGACGAACUGCGCGAGGUCGAGGCAGCCGAGAGGGCCCGGGGUGGUGGCUGACGUGGAGAGGAGAGUUCCGUCUGUCCCAGCUUGCAAACGGAGAAGGAUCUUUUUCCUUUGCUGUAAAUUGAGAAGAUGUUGCGGGCACACGGGUUGCCAAGCACUGAUCUAAACGAAUUGAAGUGACCCAAAUUUAUACCAAAAAAAAUAAAAAAACCUUUUGAGACAACCUCUUCGCAAUGAAGACCACCAAAAAUGUUGUCACACUGCGCGUGUGCAAGUAUUUGUGCCAGAAGGUGGCUACCGGUGGGAGCACAGCUUGGGCCUGACUUGACCAGGUCACACAGAGGCGGCUGCGUUUCGCAAGAGAACCACAAACACGGAAUGUAUUCUUUGAACUGAAUCGCGGCGAGUCGAGCGACAUCUGAACCGGCUGCACUGGCCGGCGUGUUUUUGAGUGGUCGGACAAAACCCCGAGGACCACACCGUGUGGAUGCCUUCAUCCAGCGGUGGACUUGAAAAAUGGCUGUCAAAACAUUUCCCUGCUUUUUUUUUUCUGUUACAAGCAAGUCGGCUUAUGACCUUUUGUGAUUUUUCUGAUCGUCAAAUUUGUACUCGACCCGAUAUUCGGCCAAAUUAUCCAAAUCGAUUUUCAGGUCGAACCGGAACCGCAAGUGUGUGCUCCCGCUGCUGUAGUCGCCAAUCAAAGUCAAAAGUCCUAGAGCCCUGCUUCUCACAACCUCUUAAAGCGAGCCGCGCUGUGGGACCGUGCCCGAGCCAUCUCGGGAGGCAGCGUGUCCGAUCUUCCACUGCGCGAACCCCGAGCCGAGCCACCGGCGUCACACAUCUGCUUGCACCGGCCUACGCAACGCACGCUCACAUUGAUUUAAUUCCGUCCCCAAGGACCCUGGUCAACCCCCCCCCCCCCCCCCGAGCUGUCUUGCGAGGUCGGCAUAAUGUUGGCAGUGUAUGUACGCUGAACUUCUUUCGCGCCGUACUUUGCCAACCGUGCGCCAAUUGGAGGUGCAAUGAUGCGGUUUUGGCUUCGUGGGGAGAAGCGUCCCGUACCCGGUUUGUGGGCCCCUCCCCUGGCGCGGCUCGGAUGUGCCAGGUGGAAAAAAGGGCAUUGUGCACGCGCUUGCCCGAAGCGGGUCCGGAGAGGCGCCCGAGCUCAAGGAAGAGAGCCUGGUUGACAGGAACGCAUAGGUGGGCCCUGAAUGGGAAAUUGACCACGCGUUUAGAGCUGUGAUCGUGGUGUUUUAGAUAGAUAUUGAUUUUUGUACUCUUUGACAUAUAUACUAGGAAUAUUCAAAUUUACAGAUUUUAAUGUCUAUUUCAAUUUAAUACAGUACUUUGAAUUAUUUACGUUAUUUUGUACUAUCGUUACAUUCUAGCUAUGAAUAAAACCGUUAUUAUAUUA